AACCUAAUUACAGCCUAUCUGGUGAAACUACACAGAGACAGGAACAAUCACCCACGAAAUACAAAGCGAAACCAGGCUACCUAAAUACGGUUCCCAAUCAGAGACAACGAGAAUCACCUGACUCUGAUUGAGAACCGCCUCAGGCAGCCAAGCCCAUACAACACCCCUACUCAGCCGCAAUCCCAAUAAUACAAAAACCCCAAUACAGAAUACAACGACAUAAACCCAUGUCACACCCUGGCCUGACCAAAUAAUUAAAGAAAACACAAAAUACUAAGACCAAGGCAUGACAACAUGACCAAAAGUAUUUCACUCAUAUUGUAAUUAAUUAUAAGUCAUAUUUCAUAGAAUUGUGUAAACACUGGACAGUUACUGUACUUUAAAUGGGACAAAUGGAGAGAUAUGAAAGGGGAGCUCAUUAAGUGACAUAUUGGGGUCACUGUAGAAAAUCUUAGUUAAUGAUGUGUUCAUUGAUAUCCAUGAAGAAUUCGUUUUUUUUCAAUAAGAGCAAAUGAUUGCAUGAAUUCACAGCACAUACCAUAGUAGUAAUGUAUUACAUGUACACUUGAAUCUGCAAAGCUGUUUUUUCUGUGCUCUGUUAGCAGGGUCAACAGUCAACCUAGAUAGACAACUGCUUGCUGCCUGACUCCACAGGCAAGACUUACAGCUUGAGUGGUUGGUGAUAGAGGUCACACUGCAUCAGCAUCAUCAGCAACUAGAAAACAAAUGAAGGUGAAUGCACAGCGAAAAAUAUGAAAAAGAUAUAUAUUGGGAAAACAGCUCUCAAAGCCCAGAGAAAUGGUUGCAAGCAUCAGAAAAGAAGUUCUCUACAUGAUCACAAGGAUGAUUUUCACAAGCGCCUGUCCUACACCACCCACAAACUAGAGAUGGUGGAGUCUGAGUUUGACUCCACCCGUCAGUACCUGGAGACGGAACUCCGUCGAGCCCAAGAAGAGUUGGAGAAAUUCACUGACAAACUACGCAGGAUCCAGAGCAGUUAUGCAGCUCAGCAGAGGAUCAAUCAAGACCUGGAGGACAAGGUGCACAGGACAUCCCAGCACCAUGAGGACGAGAAAAGAGCGCUGAGCCGGGAGAUCAUCGUCCUCAACAAUCACCUCCUGGAGGCCAAGAUCACCAUUGAAAAGCUCAGGGGAGACAACGACCUUUACAGGAAGGACUGUAACCUGGCAGCGCAGCUCCUCCAGUGCUCCAAGUCACACCACAGAGCCCACAAGCUAUCCGAGCUGCCCAUUGACUUCCAGGAGCGGGUGAGCUCCCACAUAGAGAAGCACGGCUGCGACGUCACAAUGGCACUGUGCCACUCAUCCUACUCCGAUGCUGUGCCCACCGCCGUCAUCGCCAAGGUGCUAGAGAAGCCCGAGCCGGGCAGCAGCUGCCCAGUCACCCACUCAACCAGCCCCCAGCCAUUGGUGGACGAGGGCCAUGACUAUGACUUUGUGACCAAUAGCGUGGUCGGUGAAAUCUUUCAGCGCCGUACCGCCUUCCGGACUGCCGAUCUGUACUGUAGUGACACGGCCCUCUACUGCCCUGGGCGCUGGCAGGAGCACAGGCAGAGCGUAGAGGUCCACGGCCUCCCCAAGGAUCUCUUCCCCCAGGCCCAGAACUCCAACCCUCAGGAGGUGCCCAUCCAUUCAGGUAACUUCUCCCAACACAGGACCCCCUCCUUCCACGGAGAGUUUACUGUGGGCUCCUUGCCGCUCUCUAGCUCCUACUCCAGCUUCAGCCAGGCUUCCGAGGAGAAGGGAGGGGAAGGCUGCGGCGGCGGCACCAGCAGCGCCAUGUCCUCCUCCCACCAGGCGCUCUACAUGGACUGGCGGGAUGUGGAGUACGGUGAACACAAGAGCACCUCUUCUUAUGAGAAGGACAGCCCUCCCAGCCUCAGCCUCUUCCCCAAGUCCCACAGCUUCCAACACAUGGCGAUGCUCCCUUCCCCCAACCCGGCGAAAGGCGGUGGCGGCAUUUCGCCAGCGUACGUGCACACGCCGUCCUGCGGCUACAGUGAGCCGUACAACUCGCCCCACCUAGCAUCGUUGCACAGCCAGGGCUCAGCCCAGGGUGGAGGAGGACCCCGGGCGGUGGAGCGCUCGGACAGCCAGGCCAGCAUAGGUGUCCCCACCGAAGAACUGUCUGGAAGCUGGAGGCAGCUGAGUGUAGAGGACAUCAACUCGUACUCCUACAACUGCAAUCCGGGCCGCAUGUCUCCCUACAGCUUUUCCGAGCAGCACUUCACCUUCCAGGAGGGGGACGCGAACGUCUCUCUCCACAGCCAUGUGCUGGACCAGUGCUUGGCCGCUGCCGUCGGUGGUGGCGGACUCUCACCCAGUCCUAAACACCCCAGCAUGGGCCUGCGGGGCAGGCCCCAGCCCCUUUACAGAACCAAGGAGGACAGCCAGGACUCAGAGUGCAGCCAGUUCCUCUCAGGAAGCUUGAAGGACAAGGAGAGCGGGGCGGCUGGAGCGGCACGGGGGACCAUGAACAAGGAACAUGUGGAUGCGAGCCCCAACAGCUUGGCCAAGUCCUUAGACCACCAAAGCUCCCUGGAAGCCCCCGGUCUGCAGCAGCAACACUACCAGAGGGAGAGAGUGAGGCCCAGCCUGAGCCUAGCUGUUCCCAGGAAGAGUUCUCAACACCACCAAAAAUUUGGAAGCACAGGAACAGGACUUAACAGGAAGGACAGUCUUACCAAGGCCCAGCUGUACGGCACCCUCCUGAACUGAACAGCUCGGUAACACUUUAGACUUGACAGGUAUAAUGCAUUAUGAUGCGGUUAUAAUUCAUUGUAAGACUUGUCAUAAGCACGUAUGACCCCUUAUAAAAAGUCUUAAUAUUAUCUCAAUGGCCAAAUAACAGCAAUUGUGAGCAAGUUGAAAAUAUACUUCAUAAAAAGCCAUAACAUAUUGUAACCCUUGUAAUAAGAAAGCUCAUGCGUGCUUUUAACAAGUAAUAAAAAAAAUACAAUUAUACCGGUUAGCUUGAAGCAGUGUUACCAACAGCUCUUCCUUUUACGCGUGACGAUUAUGUACAUCAUGUUUUCCGUGGCAAACACACAGUUGGUGUGGAUUUGAGAUGUUUUUGUAAUCCGGUGAAGGCAGGCUUCAAGCUGUCAGAUGCUACAC